AUUUCGGUCGCUUUCCAUCGUCAACCUCACCUCCGUCUCCCCAACUCCAAUCAUCCAUCCCUCUCUCUCUAAAUCGCACCGCAUAAUUCGUUGCUGAAUUUUCUACCAACGCGUGAUUUCUCUCUCUCCUUCCUUCUCAAUCUUCGAUGGCGGUAUUGAGCCGCCUUAUUUGGAGACGAGCCGCUUCAGCUCGAAGUUUCUGCGCGAAAUCGGACCGACAAUUACUCGCAUCGCCUCUCUCUUCUGCGCUGCCCGCCGAUGAUUCCACGGGCAAGGGGAGGAACGUGCAGUGGGCGUUCCUCGGCUGCCCGGGCGUCGGCAAGGGCACCUACGCCGCCCGCCUCUCCAAGCUCCUCGGCGUUCCUCACAUCGCCACCGGUGAUCUCGUCCGCCACGAGCUCUCUUCCUCUGGCCCCCUCUCCUCUCAGCUUGCAGAGAUUGUUAACCAGGGGAGGUUGAUCUCGGAUGAGAUUAUCAUAGACCUCCUUUCUAAGCGUCUAGAAGAAGCUCAAUCUAAGGGUCAAAUGGGGUUUAUUCUUGAUGGCUUUCCUCGGACUGUAAGACAGGCGGAAAUUCUGGAAGACGUAACAGAUAUUGAUUUGGUAAUCAAUCUAAAACUACGAGAGGAAGCAUUAAUUGCAAAAUGCCUCGGGAGAAGAACUUGCAGUGAGUGUGGAGGGAACUAUAAUGUUGCCUGCAUUGACAUCAAGGGAGAAAAUGGAAAUCCAAGAAUGUACAUGCCUCCCCUACCUCCUCCUCCACAAUGUGAAUCGAAACUGAUCACACGUUCUGAUGACAACGAAGAAGUUGUCAAAGAACGCCUGCGAGUAUAUAACGAACAGAGUCGACCUGUGGAGGACUUUUAUCGCCUACGUGGAAGACUGUUGGAGUUUGAUCUUCCUGGGGGAAUCCCAGAAUCCUGGACCAAGCUUCUUCAUGUUCUAAAUCUUGAUGAUCAUGAAGAUAAAAGAACAGCUGCAGCCUGAUCCCUGCUACGGCCAAGGCAGUUUCUCUACUGUUAGCAAACUCAUUCUUCGCAUGUGUUCUUCACAUGCAUAUUUAGUAUCAGUCGAAACUUAUAUAUACGUAGUUUACAUAGUCGCAGAAGGCUUCAAGUGUAGUUUAUUCUUUCAAGAACAUUCUAAAGUGGCUUAGCUACUUGGUAAUGGAUUAAUAACGUUAUAAUUAUUUUUCACAGUUUUGUAUUUGUUGAUAUAUAAGAGAGCUGCCAAUCUAUGUAAGUUACUACUACUUGCUAGUUAUAAUUCUAUGUUGAUUUUUUUGUUUUCUUUUCUA